AUGUCUCUGGAAAAUAUUCGAGGAGACCUCAAUAAUUUACCGCAAGAUAAUCCUGCAAAGUGUGAAGGUUUGAUUCGAAAUCUGUAUGAACGCAUCAAAUCCUUGCAAGAUAACGAUGAGAAAGAGAAUCUGCUUUAUGAGCUGAAAGGUGUCGCCAGCUGGGGAUUGCAAGAGGACCUGAAGGAAAUGUUGGAAAAAAAAGGGUUGCACCAAGAAGCAUUACCCCUGGUUGAGAGAUACGUGACAAAUGCAAGAGAGCUCGCGGAAUAUUUUUGCAGUCAUUCUAAAGAGGAUUUAGAGAAGGAAGGCUUGGGGGGUAUAAACAAGCGGCUUCGACUAGAUCUUGAAGUGCUUGGAGGCCUCAGUGCCGAAGGAGUUGAUGUCACAAAGGAAUGGGUGAAAAGGCUUUGUGGGAGAGCUCCGUCAUUUAAGGUACUUUCUCGGCUACAAUUAAGCGAACUUCAGUCUUACUGCCAAGGAGCUGAUGACGGAGAAAUGGACCAAGUUCACCAGCUGGCUAAAACUGCUGCGUCUAACGAAAAAAAAAAGCUCCCCGACGUUCCACAAGAUGAUGGGCUCGUGCAAAACACCAAAGCAACGAAAGCUGUAGAUGAAGCAAAUCUAAAGAAGGCGAAAGAUUUGAUGAUUGAAGCUAAAAUAUUGGCUACAAACAAAUCGGAAACAGCAAAGGAGAUCGUCAACGACAAAAUAAAAUUAAUUAUGGAAACAAUUAAGUUACCAUUAGAUUGGUUCAAACUAGAUCAAAUGCAACCAGAUCAAAUGUUUCAAGAGUUAGAUCAGAUAAUUGAACAAUGCAGCGAAGUUGUGGAAUCAGAUGAAAUUUACAAGAACGCGGUGGAGGUGAUCACCAAAGCCAGUGCUGGGAAGGCACUAUUCGGAAUUUAUCAUUCUGAAUAUGAAUUACCUAAAGCAGCGGGCAGACCGCUUCUCCUGCCACCAACAGAUGUGUCACUAACCAGUCCAAGCAUAUCCAGGGAUAUGAAUUAUAUCAAGUUCUCCGCCCAAGGAGCAGCUGCGAAUUACAUCCAAACUGUUGAGUCCUUAAAUACAAAUAUUGGUCUCGCUUUGGCCGGUUUUGAGGGCUUACUCUUUGGCGAGAUACAAGGAGCUUGUGGUUCUGAGCGGCAGAAACAAUUCCGUGAUUCUUCCAAAGAAUGGUCAACCAGUGCGUCUGUCCUUCAUUACACCCGAAUGCCAACAAGAUCCUUUCUAUUGGAACGUAACCAAAUAAAACUUUGUGAAUCAGCAAAGGAAAUGGCAAGAUCCAUUGUUCAAGAUACUGAAAUACGCAAGGACCAACAGCAAGGCAUGGCUCGCUUAUUCUUUGAACGUUUUGGGAGUCAUUUUCCAGCCGGUGUUCAGACUCUUGGUGGCGUGUUUUUCAGCUUCGCCGAUGCCGAAAGCGAAAGAGCAACUAAGAAAUUCGAGCUAAUGGAGGCAACUACGCAAUAUCUUAAAAAGCAAAUGUCUGUUGGACUUCUCGGGGCCUUCAAUAUUGGAGGAGGUAUUGCUGGUGAACACACUUCCUCUAAAGGUAGUAAUGUGGGAAAGUACAAAGAAAGGCGUCAUGAAGUCUUUUCGCACUCUGUCAAAGUUAUAGGGCCUACAGCAGCAAACACCAAUACUUUUCAGAAACUUCUGUCUUACAACUCAACCUGGGCUUUGAUCGACCGAGGGCCUGUUGAAGGAUACAUACCAGUAUGGGAACUGUUAAAAGAUCUUGGCGGUGUGUACGAAACAGCAGCUGACGUCCUGGAAGAAAUUUGGCAGUGUGACGAAAAGGAAAGGAAAGCUCGAAAGAUCGCAAAAGAUGAGUUGUUGCUUAUGAAGGAAGACUUC